AUGGAGGAUCUUCCUCCCUUCGAGUUCAACGAGGCUGGCGAAGUCAAGCUCGCCCCUGGCGAACUCUACUGCCGCUGGGUGGUAGAUCCAGCAGCAUCACGUGCACCAAGACGGAGCGGUUCUCGAGCGAGUCGAACCUCAAGAACCACAUCAAGAAGCACAAGCUCGACGGGGUCCCGGCCAAGGUUAAGAGCCGCAAGUCCGGCGCGAACUCCGUCGAGGAGAACGAUGAUGCAGCUGAAUUCUACGACCGCAUCCACGGCAUCGCCAUCGGCGCUCGCGAUGACAGCGAGCUGCAGACUCCUUCCAAGAAACGGAAGGCGCAGACCCCUCCCCCCCUUCUUGCCGUGCCCACGCGCAAGCGGGGCAACCAAACUGUGGUAA